GAUAGGAAAUAUCCUCAAAUUGCAUUGACUGAAGGAUUUUAUUAGCAGCAACAAUUGAAAAAGGUACGCUUCUUUGUUUUCUUAUACCUUUUUGUAUUCUGAUACCAACCCUAACGCAUAAAUCUAUAUUUAUUUUAAUUUUCGAUUUAUUUAUUUUUUGCAGUGAAAGGUUUUCUAAAGGUGUCAGACAUGAUAGAGCAGCUGCCUGAAGCUUUGAUUCUGAAAAUAUUGUCGUCACUUCCAACAAAAACUGUUUUAUCCACAAGUUCUUUGUCUAAAGAAUGGCAGUCACGUUGGAAGUCAGUGCCAAAGUUUGAGUUCAAUUCUGAGGAUUACGAGAGUGAACACCAAACCUUUCCAGAGGUUGUCAGCAAGUCUUUCUUUUCAUCUGAAGCUGCGGUUCUAGACUGCUUUCAUCUCACUUGUGGAUCAGAUCAAGUUGAUCCAGUAGAUGUUGUACAUUGGAUUGACACUGCGUUUGCACGACAGUUGCGUCCAUUGGUACUCGAUUUUAUCAGCGAUGACGACGAGUACUUCGUAUUUACGAGUAGGUUGUGUAAUUGUGAUACACUUGAGACUUUGAAACUCGGGAGUAUGAUUAUUGUAGACGUCUCUUCACCCGGCUCGAUGAAAUCUCUAAAAACGCUACAUACAUAUGCGUGGUACCAAAACGAUGAAUCUAUCCUUAACCUUUUAUCAAGCUGUCGUAUCCUUGAAGAAUUGGUCGUGGGACGAUCUGCCGAGCAUACUGUUUCUUUUUUCACUAUUGAAGUCCCUUCUUUGAAGAGAUUAGUGAUUUAUGAUGACAACUCUUGCACAGAGUUUUUUGGAUAUACGAUAGUUGCUCCUUCUUUGAAAUACUUAAAAAUUGAAGAGUUAAGAUGUCCACAGUUUUCUCUGAAUGCACCGGACCUGGUGGAGGCAAAUAUUGCUGGAGUUUCAUCUGGAAUCAAUGAAUCUCUCGCUUCAGUCAGACGUCUUUUCCUGGAUUUAUCACCCUCGGAGGUAACAUUGUUUAUAUUUCCACUUGAUUUUUUUGUUUUGUUAUCUCAAUGUUUUGUAUGUAUUGUUAAUAAUUUGAUCUCAUGUAUAGACUCCUAGUGGAUGUAUCUUCUAUCAGUUAGUAUAUCUACAGAUCUAUACACAUGAACCAGACUGGUAUGAUCUACUUACUUGGAUGCUCGAACGUUCUCCUAAACUACAAGUUCUGAAACUCGUUGACGAAUAUACUAAACAUCGUGUGUCCGGGUGGGAAUGGAAUAAACCAAAGGACAUCCCUGAAUGUUUGUUGUUACAUCUAGAGACACUUGUGUGGACAAGAUAUGAUUGGAGAAAAGAAAAUGAAGAAGAAGUGGCUACAUACAUUUUAAAGAACGCAAGAGGCUUGAAAAAUGCAACUUUCUCUACAGAUCUGAUGUAGCAUAUCUUUGCUUGGAGCACAAGUUACUUUUUUUGUCGGUGAUUUUAUUUACUUUUAUUGCUAUCGAAAGGUUUGGAGUAAUGUUCCAAUUCUUUCACGUCUUUUAUUUUAGAUAAGUCCUUUUUUCUUUUUGGUGUUAUCUUUAGACUAAUAUAUAUAGAGAACGUUUGUGUUCUUCUAUAUUCGGUUUUUGAUUAAAAAAGUUAUUGAGACUUUCUUCUCAAGCAAAUCGCCUCACGUUCCAUUCUUUGAGAAAGAUUGAAACAGAGUCGUCGAAGAAACACUCUCGUGUUGACUGCUUUCUUUGUAUUGUCCAUUACGCUGCUGCAACAGUUGGUAUCAGAACCAAAGAAUCCUUUAUCAUGCCGC